UGCAAACCUAAUAUAAAAAGAGCAAUCUUUAAGACGCAUUUUUACAGCAGAGGCAUCAAGGUUUCAAGUCCUCUUAUACCAAAAUUCGCAACACAUUCCCUUCCCAAUCUGAAAGCCUUUUGUGUUCUUCCUGCUUUGAAACAAAGUGCAUUUUGACAUGAAAUCCACAUUUGGGUCCUUACUUAAGCUCCGCAUCUUACUGCCCACCUCGCCAAAUUUCUUAUUUUUGCCCAAGAUUCUGCUCCCAACAACUUGGUUUAUUUUCACACCCGCCACCUAUUCGACGGUUUGCCACACCGAGGAAGACAGUGUAGGAGAAGACAUUGGAGACCAAUCCAAGACCUCUGUGCAAAUUAUGAAGCAAUUCGGUUGUACUGAUACUGAAAUAUCUAAUAUUUUCACUCGGGGGCCUUUUCUACUGAAAGCUGACGCUAACCAGCUUCAGUCCAAACUCGAACGUUUAACGUGGUUGGGCAUCAGUGCUCCUGAGCUUGCGAAGAUUAUCAAUGAUCGGCCCCGAUUUCUCACUUGUCGAGUUAACCAUUGCUUUGAUGAACGGGUUGAGUUCUUGAUGACAUUGUUUGGAUCAAAGGAAGUGCUUGCCAAAGCCAUAUUAAGGAACCCGUCUUUCUUGACCCAUGACCUUCACAAGAAAAUCAAACCGGUCAUUGCGCUAUAUGAAGGAAUUGGUCUUAGUAUGCCGGACUUGAUCCAGAUGCUUCUAUCACGGCCUACAUUGAUACCAAGAACUUCCUUUAAUGAAGAAAAGAUGGAAUAUAUAGGAAAAACCGGAGUUUCAAAUGAUUCCAGAAUGUUCAAGUAUGUUGUUACGAUAAUUGGCAUUUCACGCCUUGAAACUAUCCGUCAGAAAGUUGCAAACUUGGAGAAGUUUGGUUUCUCAGAAGAUGAGGUUUUUCUCUUUUUUGGGAAGUCUCCGUUUGUCUUGACACUAUCAGUCGAUAAGGUUCAGAGGAACAUGACUUUCAUUUUAGGAGAAAUGAAGCUUCCUGCUACUACAGUUCUUGAGCACCCAAGUUUGCUAUUCAAGAAUCUGGAGGAUGUGUUGAAGCCACGAGUACUUCUUGCCAGGAAGGUGCAGGAAAUGGGUCUUGACUUACAGAUUAAUGGCCCUAUGAUGGUGAGGGCAAUGCGGAUGACGGAGAGGAGGUUUUUGAAAGUAUUUGUUAAUUGUCACCCAAAGGAUGCUGCUGAUGAAUUGAUGGAGUUCUACAAAAAUGUGAAGGGUGUUAAGCGAUUGGCCGAAGCCUCAAAGAAGAACUUCCAAAAAGGAUUUCCUUUCUGAAUGUUUUUGGCUAUCAGGUUUUCGUCUUGAAGUCUGGAGUUUGUCUUAUUGUACAGGAUAUCCUCUAUACAUUUUGUUACAUGAACA